AUGACCAAUGCAGCCUGGAAUCUGAUGUUGGAAACCGGUACAUCCAUAGUAGAGGGGAUUGAUAAACUUCAGUUGAGGAACAAGAAUCAUAGAGUGUGUGCCUUGAGAAGCCUGGAAUCGGGUGGUGAGCAUAACGGCGCUCAUGGAAAUGGCGAACCCGUUGCCAUAGAGGAGGAGUAUCUCCAGACUCGGCUUAUCUCUGCCGAGGAAGUUCGAAAGGACUUGUGUGCAUGGAAGCCUUCAAUGGUGGAAGAAUACACAUCGCUGGUGCACACCACGGGAACAUGUAGCCCGUUGAGUCACGAGGACUUUGCGGCAAUUACGGGUGACUCAUCCAAGAAGGUAGAGGUGCUCCCGGGGAAGGUAAUCUUCUCAGUCAAGGCCCGAAGCGGCCGAAAGAAGACUCGAAUUGUAGGGUGUGGAAAUUUCCAGCAGGGUUGCCCAAGGACAAAGCUGGAUACUCAUGCGUCUGGUAUUUCGGCCGAGUCCAUCAGGCUGCUAGUUCGCUUCGCAGGGCAUAGUCAGUGGACAAUUUCAACAACGGAUAUCAAAACAGCCUUCCUGAACGCCCCGAUUGUAACACCCAAUGAAGAGACAAUCAUCGUUAGGGUUCCAAGCAUCUUGAGGGCUGCGGGCGUAUGCCAGGAAGCAUACUGGCAAAUCAAGAGGGCCCUGUAUGGAUUGGACGUCGCGCCGAGGAGUUGGACGCUGUUUCGGAACAAAACCUUGGGGUCCAUCGAGCAGCAUGAUGGGACUCGUGUCACAUGCAAACAGCUACCGGCCGACUCCAAUAUCUGGGAAGUCAUUGAUGAAGAUCGCCAAGUUCGGAUUGCGUUGAUAGGGGUGUACGUCGACGACUUGAUGCUAGUGGCACCCGAGAGUCAUCAAGAAGUGAUGAUGAAUACUCUGAGAGGUCUGUGGACGACCUCGGAGCCAGAAGUGGUGGAAGAAGGCAAAGAUGUCUCCUUUGCUGGAUAUGAGCUGCGGAAGUGCGGUGAUGUCUUCCAUAUGCAUCAACGAAGUUACAUCCUGGACAUGGUUCAGCAGUGGGAAGUAGACACUGAGACGGUA